AUGGACAUCGAUUGCGAUGGCGACCAGUCCGACCAAGAUGAUGGCCGCUGCGGUAAUUCGGCUGACACUCAGUUUACGACCCCGUUGAAGAGCUUGGUGCAACAGUAUUCCCAGAUUCUAGUAAAGUGCGUCAGCGACCUGAACGCCAACUAUAAUCCCUACGUGGUCCUUGACAACUCGGCGGACAGUGGAAAAUGCACACCAUAUCCACCUUUCAACCCACAAGACUACGGUGUCAAGCCCUUGAUUGUCAUGGCUGUCAUCUGCAACAACCACAUGGUGGGUCAAUACCUCGCGAUCGGGAGUCUCACCUAACCAUCUCAUAGUUCUACGGCGUCUGA